CAGGUGUUGCUGUUGGCUGUCGGUCUGUCUGUGGGUCUCCUGCUGCUGCUCGGUCUGAUGGUGUCCUGUCUGUGGAGGAGGAGGAUGAAGAGGAAGAAGAGUCAGAGUCAAUACGAGGAGCUGCUCUCCACAGUGCCUUCAGUCCCAGCAUGCUCUGCUCCGGUGAUUCUGGUGUCGCAGAGCUCCUGGAACACGCCCGGUGAGAUCCCUUUCACUUUGCCUCCUCGCUUCACGACACAAAACCAUGGUAACCUGAAGAAUGAGGAGGAGAAAGAAGAAGAGGAGGAGAUGAAGAUGGAGGCCCGGAGAGACAUACUGGCCCAUCGUGGGUCGCUCUCAGUAACGAGAUGGUACCCGGUGGGGACGGUUCUGGCCGGUCUCUACUCGGUUCCUCCUCUGAACGAGGUGGUGGCGCCUCCUCCCGGCAUGGCCACCCGUCUCUGCUUCUCUGUGGAGUACCGGCACAGCAGCGAGCAGCUCAUGGUCUCCUUGCUCCGCCUCGCCAACCUCCCUCCACGUUUCCACGGCAACGUCACGCUGGUGGAGCUGAGGCUUCUCCCCGACGACCGGCGGCCUCGCCAGGCCAAGGCCCGGGGCACGGGGCCCGACCCAGAGUUCAACGACUGCUUCGUUUUCCAGGCGAGGACACUGAAAUUUUAAAGCUGGAGAAAGUGAUGCAACCUGCAGAGACAAAAGACCAGUUUGUGUCUCACACACUAUCCUGUAUGUUUCCCUCCACAGGUGUCAGGUGUGUGCGUGCCUCAGAGCACGUUGAGCGUGUGCGUGCUGAGUGUGGAGCAGGACGGCAAACGCCACGCGGUGGGCAGGGUGCUGUUUCCUCUGGAGGGCGAGCUCGGUCAGGCCGGCAGGGUGCUCUGGAGGGACCUUGAGACAGAGGACGACACACAGUGUUCAGAGCUGGGUGAUGUGCAGAUAUCUCUCAGCUACAGUCCGUCUCUGCAGCGCCUCUCUGUGGCGGUUCUGAGGGCUCGAGGCCUCCAGCUGCUCACAGAUGCAGGUGUGUGUGUCCAGGUGAGCUUACAGAUACACACUCAGGUGGUGAAGAUGAAGCGCAGCUGUGUGGUGAAAAGUGGAAACGACCCCUACUUCGACCACAGGACGACCUUUAAACUGCGCUCGCAGCACCUGGACGAGGCCUGUCUGAGAUUUGAGCUGCUGCAGCCAAACGACAUCCGCUCAGAGCCUCCGGCGCUGCUGGGAGUGCUGGUGUUGGGUCCCUUCAUGUACGCCAGGGGCCCGCAGCUGCAGCACUGGAUGGACAUGGUCAACAUGCCACAGGAGCCGGUCGAACUGUGGCACGGACUGGGCAGGGCCACUUAACACACACAUCACACACACACACACACAAUGUUUUUAUACACAGCGUUUGACAUAAUAAAAUCAUCAUUUGCAAAA